AUGAUACGUUUGGCAGCAAGAAGAAACGCACUGAAAAAGCUCAGACCGAGCACUUUUGUUGGAGUUCGCUCGCUUUCCUACACAUUAGCAAAAUUGCAAGCUUAUGAACCUUUGAAAGAUUUGAAAUCUUUACCUAGACAAGACCCUGGUCAUGUUGAAGAACCAAUUGUCAAUCCAGCUGAUCAAUAUAAGGAACAAAGUGAAGAGUUACAUAAAUUUGGACAAUAUUUAAUCACUGCAUUACCAAAGUUUAUCCAGAAAUUCUCUGUUUGGAAAGAUGAAUUAGUCCUAUACAUUGGUCCAACUGCUGUGAUUCCAACCUUGACCUUUUUGAAAAAUCAUACAUCUUCUCAAUUCAAAUCAAUCGUUGACGUGACUGGUGUUGAUUAUCCUUCAAGAACAAACAGAUUUGAUGUUGUUUACCAUUUGUUAUCAGUUCGUUUCAAUUCUAGAAUCAGAAUUAAAACCUAUGCGUCAGAAGUGUCACCUGUUCCAAGUAUCACCAGCUUAUAUGAAGGUGCAAACUGGUAUGAAAGGGAGACUUAUGACAUGUAUGGUGUCUUCUUUGAAGGUCAUCCAGAUUUAAGAAGAAUCUUGACAGAUUAUGGAUUCACUGGUCAUCCAUUGAGAAAAGAUUUCCCAACAACUGGUUAUGAAGAAUGUUAUUGGGAUGAAGAAAAGAAGAGGGUGGUUUAUAGACCUUUGGAAUUGACACAAGCAUUUAGAAACUUUUCUGUUGGUUCGUCUGUCUGGGAACAAGUUGGUGCUGGUAGAGAUGAAACCCCAGAAUCUUUCAAAUUCCCAACCCCAGAACCUGAGCCAGAACCUGAAAACAAGGAUGAGCCAAAGAAAUAG